AUGGGUUUUAGCACUAAAAAUUUCCGAUCGAAGAACCCUGACUAUGUUUCAGCUGCAGUUGCCCUUGAGAGGCGGAGUUAUCUACAGACAUUAUGGCUCAAGUUGUGCACAAGAGUUUCACAGUCGGAAGCCUCCACAGGUUCAUUGAUUGUGUGUCCAGGAAGUGUGCUUCACCAGUGGGCCCGAGAGUUGGAUGAGAAAGUUGCAGUUGAAGCUAAACUUGAAGUUUUAAUCUAUCAUGGCUUAAACAGAACCCAUGAUCCUGAUGAACUAGCAAAAUAUGAUGUUGUUUUAACUUUUAACACAUAUUCCAUUGUGGCAAGAGAGGUCCCAGCCAAACCUUUUCAUGAUGAUGAUGAUGAUGAUGAUGAUGAUCCAGAAUUUGAAUUGCUAACUGUUCUUAAUGGGAACGAUUUGUUUGCUGAACUUAGAAAUCAUUUGAGUAGUGGCUCUUUCAUCUAUGGUUGCCUUGAUAUGGUGUUUGGUAGUAGAUAUAUCUUUAUCAAUUACGAUCUAGGGAUGAACGUUUGGACCGAUUACCUGAACCGGAGUGGACAGAAUAAGCUUUUUGGUUUGUUUCUUGGGCACUUUGUUGAUCUAAACAUGGUUGCAGCAUCUCAUCUUAUUCUUUUAGAUGUUUGGUGGAAUCCAGCUAUUGAAGAUGAAGCUCAAAGGAUGGGACACACUCGUCUUGUCACAGUGCUGAGAAUAACUAUCAAGGACACGGUUGAAGACAGGGGUAUGAAUAUGAUUGAUUGA